AACGCAAUCGAAAUUGAGAGUUCGCCUCUUUUUUUUUCAAAUCAGUUGCAUUUUUCAUCACUCAUUCUGUAAAUUCAGAAUUAUUUUUACAAUUCCUCCGAGCAUAUAGUGCACUACUAAUUCAUCUUCAUAAAAUAUUGAUUUUUUUUUUAAACAUGGCCUACAAUUCUUUUUCGAGUUUCACAUCUAUGGGCUUGUUUUAUCUGUUGUAGCCGGAGAAACUGUGCCUUUGUUCGAUGAAGCGUUAUCGAUCGUGGAAAACAUUUACGAAGAUGCGCAGUAUAAUAGGAAAAGUUGUAUAACUUGUAGAAAAUGCUAAAAGAAAAUGAAGAAAAAUUUCGUGAAGAAGAUUAUUUUUUCAAAGAGUAUUCUGAUUUACGCGAAAUUCGAGAGAAUGAAAGUUCUUAUGGUAUAGAAGAUGAUUUGAUGCCAGAGAUAUCCAAUUAUACUAUCGAUACACUUCCAUAUGAGCCAUUACUUUCACUUAAAGAAGGUUACAAAACUCAUAAAAAAGGCGAUCAUCAAAAGGCGUGGAAAUGUUAUUGUAUUAAUGGUGAAAUUGAUAAAGAAAAAGGUAUAAACCUAUUGAAAGAAUCAGCUGAUGCAGGUAUAAAAGAUGCACAAUUUCGAUAUGCAUUUGUUUUAAGAGAAAAAGAAUCCUUUGAUAGUAAAAAUGAAUUUGUAAAAUAUCCUACACUAGCAGUGGUUUGGAUAAUUCAUGAUAUAAUUUAGGAGAUUAUAUAUUUUAUAUAUUAAUGGAAAACUUGACAUUGAAAAAGAUGUUGAAUAGGGGUUACGAUACUUAAGAUUAGCUGCAUACAAUAAACAUCAUGAUGCGAUUGAAAUGUUAAGACUAAUUAGCUAGGGACAAUAAAACUUGUGAUUAUUAUCUUAAAUUAUUAUGAUAAAUUUUAAAUUUGAGAAAU